GUCUCGGACCGCCUGAUUUCGCAGCGGCUGCUUCCCGCUUCUCCACCACCGCCACUCCCUGUGCUUCUGUGUCCCUGUCGCGUAUGCCCCGUCGAUAGACUGUCCCGGCCCGCACUCCCGUAGACGUUCCUGCGCCACCCUCUCUCUCCCUCCUCCAGCAUGACCGACAUGCUCCUCAGCGCGCCCGCCUCGCCCGGCGCCGACAGCGACGCCGGCGCACUGCUGCCGCCCGAGGUGCUGGCCCUCAUCUUCGCCCACGCCGACCCCGCCACGCUGCUCGUCUCGCUGCGCGCCCUCUCGCGCACCUGGCGUGCGCACAUCGACACCAUCCUCCUGCCCUCGCUCUUUGCCGCCGGCACGUGGCGCGUGGGCCUGCAGGUGACACGCAAGCCACGCUUCGGCCGGGCGUGGCGCGGCGCCAUCGUCGGCCCUCCCGCGGCGGCCGUGGCAGCCAGCACGGCACCGGCGCCGAUGGAUGCGCACGAGGCCGCCGCGCUCGCCGCCCGCCUGCGCUCCAUCCCUGGCGUACGCGAGGACGAGCUGCCGGCGUUUCCCGGCGGGCCGCCGCCGCAGCCGCUCACGCACGUCAUCCCGCUCGCCUUUACCGGCAUCGCGCCCGACGGCCUCAGCUUCGCCACGCCCAAGAACACGUACCACGCCCUCUUCGAGCCGGCGCACGCGCCCCUCGGCGGCGAGCCUGAUGCGGCGCGCGACGAGGCUGCCGCCAAUGCCAUGCGCGACGCCCGCCGCGAGGCGCGCCUCGACCUCGACUUUGCCGUCGUGUGGCGCUUCCCCGGCGACGGCGGCGAGGGCGAGUGGGACACGCCCGACACCGAGGGCGGCUGGAUCAGCCGCUUCUACUGCUCGCAUCACGACGUCUCCGAGCCCGCGCCGCGCGCGGCAGAGGAGCCACCUCUGAUGCAGGGUCUCGAUCCGCAAGUCGUGGCAGAGGAGGGCGUUGAGCGCGCCAUUGCGUACAGCACACCCGUCGCGCGCCGGACGCGCGCCAUCCGCACCGACGAGCUCGGCGAGAGAUUGUUGAAUGCAGAGCGCUCGGGACACGCGCUUGACUGGGACGACUCGGGCAUGGAGGUGAGCAUCAACGCUGGCGAGAUGCGCAGCGCUUGCUGAUCGGAUCGCCAUAUUAGUACGGUUCCUUCAACCUGUCGCUCGGCCCCGAGUUCUUUGGACGUCGGUCCGCGCGCUCAAACCGCCUGCUGCGUCUCCUGCAAGCAGAGGCCUUCCGCUCCUCGCUCCCGUCUCGCGGAGCCUCACCAGCUCCUGGAUCACGCGGGUCGUUCAACGGCCGCCACUCGGCCACCGCCACGCCUUCGUCUUCGCUCG